UUACCAGCGCUUAUAUUGUUAUACAGUUAAUUACGAUUUUAUUAUUAAAACAUUUAUAAAACCAUCAAGUGUUAUAAAUACAGUCCAAUUCAAAGUGCAGUGCAACACAUCACUAAACAUUUUGGUCCUUCACCCGUCAACGAAAAGGAGCCACGCCGCGAAUCGCCAUACAGACAAACCAGCGAAGACUUCCCGAAGGAACAUUGCAUCGCGGAAACCAAAAAGGCAGGGACAUGACUGAGUGAGUUUGUUCCAUAUCCUUCUUAUUCCUUCUAGUUUCCGUCUUCUAGCAUUCUUUCUGGAUCAGACAUCUUCGCUAAAAUUCAAUUAAAUCAUCAUGUCGGUACCUACAGUACAACAUUUUUACUCUUAGAAGCGGGCGACGAGCAACCGUGCCGAGUUCAAAACCGGUUCCUUAUCGCUUGCUAGUGGCUUACGCGCAUCGAUUUGAAUGCAUUUUGUACCUACUUAUGACUGCAUUUAAAACUUUAGGCAUUACGCGUGUUAUAACUUUAUAACGCGUGAACUAUUUUGCAUUUUUCUUUCACAUUACUUAUUAUUUUAACUUCAACUUUUCAAAUUACGUUCUUUGCUUUAUUUCGCUUGACUUUAUUCGUUAAAAAUGAGUGACCCACGUAGCAAAGAAUUAAUAAAACUUCGUGGUAGCAUUAAAGACCGAGCUCGAGAUUUUGUCGGACGAUACUAGUCAACUGCUUCUCGAACGUGAAGAAUUCGAUACGAAAUAUUUUUCAUUAGUGGCUGAAGCACGUACAAUCAUGAAUAGAAGCAAACGGCACCUCCAGCGUCGGAUGUCAGUGUCUGAGGCGAGUGAAGGGAGCGAAAGCAGAGACGGUGGCUUUCACGACUUUGUUCGUCUUCCAAAAAUUUCACUUCCUUCUUUUGACGGAGAGAAGAUGACUCAAUGGUUGGAAUUCAGAGAUACGUAUCUUUCUUUAAUUCACUCUAAUAAUAAUUUAGGGAAUAUUAAUAAAUUUCACUAUUUGAGAGCAGCUCUUAAAGGCAGUGCCUUAACAGUCAUAAAAAAUCUUGAAUUCACUUCCAAAAAUUAUGAAGUAGCAUGGCAAUUGCUAUCAAGUAGGUACGACAAUGAACGAUUGCUUGUAAAUAUACAUGUCAAUUCGUUACUAAAUUUCUCAACAAUGACAAAAGAGUCUGGAAAAUCCUUAAGAAAUUUAGUCGAUACAAUUAAUCGUAAUUUAUGUGCAUUAAAUACCCUAGGUCAACCCACUGAUCACUGGGAUACCUUGGUUAUUCAUUUAAUGAGUCGUAAGUUAGACAGUGUUACCUUUCGUGAGUGGGAGGAACAUCGUAACUCAAUAACUACUUCUCCUACAUUAAAACAAUUUAUAGAUUUUCUAAUAGGCAGAGCUGACUUAUUAGAUACUAUACAACUUGAAGAAACACAAAGACAGUCAACUUCACAAAUAAAUCAAAAUACACAAUUUACACAGAAUAAGCACAAUACACAAUCAAAAAAUACAAGUUUAAAUAAAGAAAAAAUUACACUUAAAACCACUGCAUGUCCUUUAUGUACACAAAAUCAUUUUUUAUUUAGCUGUUCUGAAUUUAGAAAAUUAAGCGUAGAUGAACGCUUAGAAAAAAUGAAGAAUUUCAGUGUGUGUAAAAAUUGUUUACGACCUGGUCACAAAGACAGUCAGUGCCGCUUAACUCACUGUAAAUACUGUUCUUUAAAGCACAGCACACUUUUACAUAAAGAUACUGAACAGCACACCACAGUUGCCUUAUCUGCCAAUAUUCAGACUAGUAACAAACCUCUUACAUUGCUUUCCACAGCAUUGGUGAAUGUGGUCGGCGCCGACGGGAAAAUACAUCCUGCUCGCGCUCUUCUAGACAAUGCCUCCACGGGGCAUUAUGUCACACAGCACCUGUGUGAGAAGCUGGGUUUGCUGCGUCGAAGCGUAAGCUCCUCUGUGACAGGUAUUAACAACCAGUUAUCAUACGUAGCAGAGUCUUGCACCUUACCUCUCGAGUCAUAUUCGGGGGAUUUCAAGGUCAAUCUUGAGUGUCAUGUAUUACCUCAGAUUACCAACACAUUACCUUCAUGCAACAUCGAUAUCAGGUCUUUAAAAUUACCGCCUCAUAUUCGAUUAGCUGAUCCAUCUUUCCAUAUUUCUUCACCUAUCGACAUAUUGGUAGGAGCAGAUGUCUUCUGGGACGUCAUAUGUUCAGAUUUCAUCGAUCUCGGUAAGCAAUGCCCAAAAUUGCAAAAAACAAAACUUGGUUGGCUGGUUUCUGGCACAAUCAAGGCAUAUACACAAUCACAUAAAAAUAAAGCACAUCAAUCGUCUUGCUUUUUCACUCAGCGCGAUGAUGCCUUGCUAACACGAUUUUGGGAAUUAGAGUCGGUUUCUUCUAAAUAUAACUUAACGCUAGAAGAGCAAGCCUGUGAAAAAAGUUUCGCAGAGAACACUCGACGUGACACUGAUGGUCGAUUUAUUGUGACUAUACCCUUAAAAGAGUCACCCGAGGUUCUCGGCGAUAAUUAUCACUCGGCCAAAAAUCGCUUGCUAGCACUUGAGCGUAGAUUUCAACGCGAUUCAGUUUUAAAAAAGAGAUACUACGAUUUUAUGACUGAAUAUAGAGACUUAGGUCACAUGAGCGACACAGUUAUUUCAAAACCUACUGAACCUGAUUCUCAAAACCGGUAUUAUUUGCCCCAUUUUCCGAUUAUUCGGGAAAAUUCUACUACGACAAAAUGUCGCGUCGUAUUCAAUGCCUCAGCAUUAAAUAAGGGCAAAACAUUUAACAGCAUUCAAAUGGUCGGUCCUGUCGUCCAGGAUGACUUACUUUCAAUUUUACUGCGCUUCCGUCAGCACAAAUAUGUUGUUUCGGGAGACAUUGAGAAAAUGUAUCGAGCCAUUUUAGUCGAACCCACACAACGUUCACUUCAACAAAUUUUAUUUCGAUUUGAUCCGAGUGAACACAUAAGACCGUUUACGUUGAACACGGUUACUUACGGUACAGCAUCUGCACCGUACCUAGCCACUAAAUGCUUGGUUUCGUUGGCAGAACAAUGUUCAGAUCCUAACGCAAAAAUUGCCAUUUCUAGGGACUUUUAUGUUGACGAUUUUAUUAGUGGUGGUGAUUCCAUAGAAUCUGUCAUUGACCUGUGCAAAAAUGUAGAUAAAACUUUACUGUCGGCACAAUUCAAGCUGCGUAAAUGGCAAUCAAAUAGCUCCGAAGUCUUGAAAUCAUUAACUAACGACAAUGCACUUGAACAAAUCAAUAAAAAUAAAACUUUAAAUCUAAAUGAAUCAUUACCCUGCAAAACUCUUGGUCUUCAAUGGGAUUGUAACUUAGAUCAUUUAUUAUUCACAAUUGACCUAGAUCCUAAAGCCAAGAAAAUUACUAAACGUAAAAUUCUAUCUCUUAUUAGUCAAAUCUUUGAUCCGCUUGGGAUUCUAGGGCCUUGCACUGUUCAAGCAAAAAAGGUAAUGCAAAACCUUUGGAUAGAUAAAUGCGGUUGGGAUGAGGAAGUGUCAAAAGAUACCCAGAACACCUUUUUGAACUUCAUAGAUUCUCUUAUUUCUCUUAAAUCACUUCGUAUUCCUCGUUGGGUUAGUUUUGAUAAUGUUAUUCGUUUGGAACUUCAUACGUUUUCAGACGCAUCGGAACGUGCUUACGGUGCAUGUAUCUUCGUGAGAGCGGUCGACGCAAAUGGCACGGUACAAGUUCGCCUUCUAGCUUCCAGAAAUAAAGUGGCGCCUUUGAAGCCUACCACAAUCCCCAGACUCGAGCUUUGUGGUGCGCUCCUGGCGUCUAGACUUCACGCCAAAGUGAUGUCAUCAAUCACCCUUAAGGUACACGAUUCCUUUUUUUGGACUGAUUCCACAAUCGUGUUAGCAUGGCUAAAAACGCAAUCAAAUCAAUUAAAAACGUUUGUUCGGACUCGAGUAGGUGAGAUUCAAGACAGCACAGCUGGUCACAGGUGGAGCUACGUUCCAUCGGGGGAAAAUCCCGCCGAUUUAGUCUCACGCGGAAUUGCAACGAACAGUAUUGGCUCAUGCGCACUGUGGUGGUCUGGUCCAGAUUUUCUUAAAACAAAAGACAUACAAUUUCCGAUCAUACCAAACACACAAUCAGAUUCUACAAGCACACAAAGACAGGAAAAAACAGAAAUAGUUUUACACACAACGACACAAAGUAAAGACACAGUCACACACAUAAUUCAUGAAUUAAUUAAUAAAACGUCAAGUUACACACAUUUAAUUAGAUCUUUUGCUUUUGUACAAAGAUUUAUACACAAUUGCAAAUAUCCUAAAAAUAAAUUAACACAAACAUUAUCUACAACAGAAUUAAAAAAUUCAGAAACUUAUAUACUAAAACUCGUGCAACAACAAAUGUUCAAAGAUGAAUAUAUUUUAUUGAAGUCCGGAAAGCCUAUUCCAUACAAAAAUAGGUUGAGUUCAUUAGCACCUUUCAUUCAUUCAGAUGAGCUCAUAAGAGUUGGAGGAAGACUUAAAAACUCACACUAUCCUUUCGACAUCAAACACCCAAUACUCUUAUGUGGCAAGCAUCAUCUCACACAAAUCCUUUUUCAAAAAGAACAUAUUUCAUUAAUGCAUGCGGGACCUCAACUCCUUUUGUCUUUUAUUAGACAAAAAUAUUGGCCACUGGGGGGGAGGAACCUCGCUAGACGCGUCGUGCAUCGUUGUGUUCGUUGCUGCAGGUUUAAACCGAAACCAAUACAGCCUAUGAUGAGUGACUUACCCGCGGAUAGAACACGUUUAGAAUUCCCAUUUUUGCACACUGGAAUUGACUACGCUGGUCCAAUAAUGAUAGCAAGCCGUAAGGGCAGGGGUGCGAAACUGGAAAAGUCUUACAUUUGCAUAUUUGUCUGCUUCGCAGUUAAAGCUUUGCACCUGGAGCUCGUCACGGAUUUAACAAAGGAGGCCUUCAUAUCAGCAUUUCUAAAAUUUAUAUCACGUCGCGGUAAGCCAAUGUCUGUAACGUCCGAUAACUCGACGACCUUUAUUGGAGCCAGUAAUGAAAUCGCAUCUUUUUUCUCAAAAUACUCAGACGACAUCAAGUCAGAUCUUAGCAAUAGGGAUAUUGAAUUCCGCCGUAUACCCCAGUACACACCUCACUUCGGGGGUUUAUGGGAGUCUGCUGUCAAAUCAGUCAAAUUUCACCUUAAACGCAUCUUAAAUUUAACACAUUUAACGUACGAAGAGAUGACCACGUGUCUGGUUCAGAUUGAAGCCAUCCUAAAUUCCAGACCACUCACACCUCUUUCUUCCGAUCCUUCCGACCUUACUUGCCUCACUCCCGCUCAUUUCCUCAUAGGACGCUCACUCUUGUCGGUUCCUCGCCCAAUGGUCAGCGAUACAAACAUCGCCGCCAUGGAUCGCUACCAACGCAUCGAGGCGCUCAAGCAGCACUUCUGGCGGAGAUUCUCGGCUGAAUACGUCUCUCUGCUACAACAGCGCAUGAAAUGGCAGAGGGGCUCAAUCACAAGUCUCCAGCUAGGUAGCCUGGUGCUCGUGAAAGACAGAGCGCAGCCACCACUUUUAUGGCUGCUUGGAAGAGUGGAGAAGGUGCAUCCAGGACAGGACGGAGUGGCUCGCGUGGCAGAGAUCAAAACAAAGAAGGGAGUCAUCACGCGGGCCUUUAACAACAUUUGCCCCCUUCCGAUUUCCAACUCGCGCGGGCAGGAUGUUUAGUGCUAUAGCACUGCACAAGGCGUGCGCGGCGGCGGGCUGCGGGAGCGGGGAGCCUCGCGGUGCGGCGCCGGCGCGCGG